AUGAGGAUCCCCGGGGAGCAUCUUCGCGAAGUCCACGAUCUGCUGAGCGACUACGAGCUGAAAUACUGCUUUGUGGACAAAUACAAAGGGACUGCGUUUGUCACCUUGCUCAACGGGGAACAGGCGGAAUCGGCCAUCAAAAAAUUCCACUUGAGCAAACUCCGGGAGAAGGAGAUCUCGGUGCAGCUGCAGCCCACGGACGCCCUCCUGUGUAUCGCCAACCUCCCCCAGCUCUACACCCAACAACAAUUCGAAGAGCUCGUCCGCCCUUUCGGCAACUUGGAACGUUGUUUCCUGGUCUACAGCGAAAAAACGGGACACUCGAAAGGUUACGGAUUUGUGGAAUAUAUGAAAAAGGAUUCGGCGGCCAGAGCCAAGUCGGAUCUGCUGGGGAAGCAGCUGGGCACGCGGACUCUCUACGUCCACUGGACGGACGUCAACCAGUUGACGUUAGAUCUUCUCCAUUCCAAGUGCUUGUGCGUCGACAAGCUGCCCCACAACUACGCCGACCUCGAGGAGCUGCGGCAGGUCUUCUCCGCCGCCUGCGCCCCCGCUUUUUGCCAGCUGGCCUACGGGCAGGACGGGCAGCUGAAGGGCUUCGCCGUCCUGGAGUACGAGUCAGCGGAGAUGGCAGAGAUGGUUCAGCAGGCCACGGACGGUUUGCCGCUCGCCGGGAAUCACGUCCGAGUCUCCUUCUGCGCUCCCGGCCCUCCCGGCCGCAGUAUGUUGGCCGCCCUGAUAGCCGCGCAGGCGACGGCGCUGAAUCGUGGGAAAGGGCUCCUCCCUGAGCCGAAUAUCCUCCAAAUUCUCAACAGCCUGGGAAAUCCCGCUUCCCUCCAGCUGCUGCUCAACCCCCUGCUCCACGGGGCCGUCGGAGGCAAACAGGGAAUCCUGGGCGCCGCUCCCUCCGUGCCGCUGGUGACCAACCCGGCCCUCUCCACGGCUCUCCUCCAACUCGCGCUUCAGAACCAAACCCAAGCCCAGCAGAAGCCGGGGAUCCUGGGCGACUCGCCGCUGAGCUCCCUGCCCCACGGCGCCCUGGGUUUGGCCAACGCGCCGGCGCAGCCCCCCAGCCAGCUCCUGGGAGAGCUCGCCUCAGGUGGCCCCUUGCCCGGUGACAUGGCACAGGGACACGUAAAAUCACCGAUUUUGCCUUCUGGAAACGUACCCCUGGCUUCUUUCCUGGGACCGGUGGGAGUAGAUCGGGAAAACUCGGUGCUGGGGACGCAGGUGCCUCAGCUCACCCCUCCCGCCGUCACCCCCCCGGCUCUGCAGGGUCUCACCACCUCCAUUUUGGGAUCCGUCAUCAGUGGUCUCCAAAAACCAAAGCAGAGCGAAAACGGACCUCCCGCCUCCGGGGUCUCACUCCUGGGGGAGCCCCCCAAAGACUUCAAGAUUCCUCUCAACCCCUACCUGAACCUGCACAGCCUCUUGCCGGCGAACAGCCUGGGAGGCGCCGCCAACAAAGGGUUUAAUCUGAAAGCCGGCGUUUUGGGGAGCAUCUCCAACCCUCGGAUCUCCCAGCCCUCCCUGGCCGACCCGCUCCUACCCGAUUUGGGCUCCCGGAUUUACCCCCAGACGAGAGACCACGCUGGACCCAUCCUGGGGGGCUUCGGGCACAGCAGACACAAGCCCUUCCCCUUUCAGCUCUCCUCGUCCCCGGGGUUCGAACGAGGGGCUUUGGGGCCGCCCCUACCCCCCUUUUACUCAGGAUCUCCCAGUUCCUACUUCACCAGUGGCCUUCAAGCUGGGCUCAAACAGAGUCACCUCAACAAGGUCUCACUCCUGGGGGAGCCCCCCAAAGACUUCAAGAUUCCUCUCAACCCCUACCUGAACCUGCACAGCCUCUUGCCGGCGAACAGCCUGGGAGGCGCCGCCAACAAAGGGUUUAAUCUGAAAGCCGGCGUUUUGGGGAGCAUCUCCAACCCUCGGAUCUCCCAGCCCUCCCUGGCCGACCCGCUCCUACCCUCACCCGGGCUG